CUUCGUCGCAUAGGGUGUAUCUUUGGUGCCUAGGUAUUCAACCACGUACAUCCACCAACGAAGGCCAACAAUGUCGCGGAAUUUAAAACCAAGUCCGCGGGGAUACAACACCAUUCACCUAUUUCCGGAAAUUCCGGCGCCGACCUGGCCACAUACUUUGCUGGUAGAUAUUUCAUAAAUCGAUGAGGUCACAACUCAGAGUUAGGCCCAACUACUCAACCUAGUAGUAGUCUUCCCCUAUAAAACAUAGUCACCAACCCUACUUACCUAUACUCAAAGCUAUACCUUUUGGUUCAUCCUUCAACGCGACAACAAUGGCAUCGUUCCCUUAUAAUAAAGUUCUCCUCAUUGGCGCCACCAGUGGCAUUGGUUGGGAGCUUGCCCAGAAGCUCGUGCAGAGAGGAGUCUUCGUUGUCGCUGUUGGCCGUCGCCAAACUCGUCUAGAUUCUUUCCUCGCACAACAUGGUGAUUCCAAGGUCGCCACGAUUGCAUUCGAUAUCAGUGAAAUCGACAAGGCUCAUUUAUUUGCUCAUAACGUAGUUCAACAGCACCCCGAUCUCGACUGCAUUAUCUUGAAUGCUGGCGUGCAGUAUGUAAUGGACUUUAGCAAACCACACACCGUGGACAUGGGCAACAUCCAAAAGGAGAUCACCACCAACUAUACCAGCAUGGUUGCUCUUACCCAUGCUUUUGUGCCAUUCUUCCAGGCCAACAGCCUUAACAAGGAAGUUGCUUUCAUGUACACGACCACAAGUCUCAUGUCUGUACCAUACCCCAUGGUGCUGAAUUAUUCCGCAUCAAAAGCUGCCCUGCAUGCAUUCAUUUUAUGUAUCCGGGAGCAAUUCAAGCAGAACCCCGAACAUAGGAUUAACGUGGUGGAGAUAGUCGUGCCCCUGGUCCAGACUGAACUCCACGAUGGGCAGCCGGGAUGGGACCCGAACUUCAAUCCCGGCAUGCCGGUGGAACAGUUUGUGAACGAGACGAUCAAUGGAUUAGAGGCUAAGGAGGAGACAGUCGCGAUUAGGCAGGCUAAACAGGUUUUCGAUGAGUUUGAAGCGGAGAAAGGCCGUCGCGUUGGUCCAGCUUGGGCGAUUAUCAAGAAGAACAUGGGCAAAGCACACACGUUUGGUUAAAAGGUAGUGUCUACGGCGGGGAGGCAAGAACUUAGGCAGCUUUUUACCGUGUAGUUCAUAUUAGUUCUCGCUUCGGUUUGUUAAGACAUGGAUAAACGUGGAUAACUACAUGGCUACUGCCUUAACUUAUUAAACCAUAUCUAAAUAUAAAUAAGUAACUUAAA